AUGGCUCCGGCGCUGGGUCUGGGGGCGCUGCUGGGGGUCCUGGGGCUCCUGAGGACCCCGGCGGGGGCGGCGGAGGUUCUCCACUCCCUGCGUUACCUGCGAGUGGUGGUGUCGGAGCCCGGCCCGGGGCUCCCCCGAUAUGUGGCCGUGGCGUUUGUGGAUGGGAUCCCCAUCAGCCGCUACGACAGCGAGCGGGGCCGGGUGGAGCCGCAGACUCUGUGGAUGGCGGCUGGAGCUGAGCCGGGAUAUUGGGAUACGGAGACCCGGAUCAACCAGAUGUACCAGCACAAGGACCCCGCCCACCUGGAGAUGCUGCAGAUCCGGUACAACCAGAGUGGGGGUCUCCACACGUUGCAGCGGGAUUCUGGCUGUGAGCUCCUGUCGGACGGGAGCAUCCGUGGAUCCCAUCGGGAAGGCUACGAUGGACGGGAUUUCCUUUCCUUUGAGUUGGGAUCCAGAUCCAGGAGAUUCGUGGCAGCCGAUGGCGCUGCCCAGAUCACCAAGAGGCUCUGGGAAUCUGAUGAGAUGAAGAUGGAGAGGUUGACAAAUUACCUGGAGCACAUCUGCCUGGAAGUGCUCCGGAAACACGUCCGGUAUGGGCAGGAGGCGCUGGAGCAAAAAGAGCCCCCCGACGUCCAUGUGUCUGGGAAAGAGGAACACGGGAUCCUGACGUUGUCCUGCCACGCGUACGGAUUCUACCCCGGGAUCAUCGGGAUCAACUGGCUGAAGGGGGAUGAAAUCCGGGAUCAGGAGACGGAGUGGGGCGGGAUCGUUCCCAACAGCGACGGCACCUUCCACAGCUGGGCCAGGAUCGAGGCGCUGCCGGGGGAGCGGGAGCAGUACCGGUGCCGGGUGGAGCACGCCGGAAUGCCGGAGCCCGGGAUCUUCGCCUGGGAGCCGGAAUUUGGAUGGAAUUUCAUCCUGGUGCUGGUCACUGUGUCCAUCAUCGCUGCCAUCAUCAUAAUCAGCCUCAUUGGAGUCCGUGUCUGGAAGCUCCGAUCUGGGAGGAGGGAAGAGGAAGUAGUAUGGUGCGGCCAACAGAACAGACAUGGGAACUGACUGCUGCCUCCCAGGAAUCGCCCCCUGAGCGAUCCUCGGUUACGAUUCCAGAGGUGCCAAAAAUAAAAGCCAUCCCUGGUGUCACUCCGGUUCUCCAGGACUGUUUCUCUUUCAUCCCCUCCAAGGGAUCCCUCAGGAAAAGAACCUGUUGCAGUGGCUCCACGUGUUGUGACACGGGCUCUGACAGCGUGGAGAACUGGGGGGACACGGAGGUUGGGAGGUCUGGCAGGACACUCUGCCCGAAUAAAGCCUAAAAUCCAGUCAGAGAACCCAAACAACCCAAGCUGUCUGUGCUGAGCUCCCACUGGUGCCAAGGGGCUGCUUUUAGUGUUGGGUUGUGCUUAAAACCAGCCUGGUUCGCCCACUGCAAACACACCCCGGGCUUUUGGAAGCAGGAUUUGACUGAUAAGCUGCUGGCUGGCCUGCAGAAAUGGGACUGGCAAUCAAACUCUUUGUAACUAUGAAAGCCCAGCCCAACUUUCACGUGGCAGAUUCUUCCACAGACUUUCCUGGAGUGUGCAGAGCUUGUCCCAUGGAGCAGGGAGGCCUCUUCAUGGUUACUCAGGGGUUAAAUUGCACACGGAGUUACAUCAAUCCCCACUAAUGUUUGUUUCUUUUUGCCAGUUUUGAUACAAUUUGGUACAAUUGCUUUGCUAGAAUUGCUUGAUACAGGGCACUAUUUUAUGCUGUAUUAUACUCUACUGGUAGGUUUGUAGCAUUUAUACUGUGUAGUAAAUUAUUCUGGUUAAGAUCUUUCCUCUGUACACUUGUCUGUUCGUUUGUCUGUUCAUUUGUCAUAAAUAAUAAAUAACUUUAUAUAAAUAUA